AUGUCAAACAGGGACGAUGUGUGGAUAUGGAGACAUUUCGAGAAUGAGGACUUUUGUGUGAAGAACGUAAGGCUGACCUUGGGCCGAAACUUGGAUAUAAACGCAGCACCAAAUGCUUUCUGCUGGAAUAAUUGGGCUACGGGUAAAAGCACAACUUUUGUUUGGCGAGCCAUAGAUGAAAAAAUACCAUCGGCUGUGGCUUUAACCGGUAGAGGAAUGUUGUUACAGGAUAUGACGUGCAAGAUAUGUGGUGCGGAUGACGAGAAUGCAAUGCAUAUUCUGCUUAGGUGCAAUUUUGUUAAGAGAGUUUGGGAAGCUGUGUCUACUUGGACAAACUUUCCGAUGCCGAACAACGGGAAUAGUGUAACGGAACUGCUGCAAUCAAUCUUGGAGUGUCAUAGGAGCCGAUUUAUAAGGAAAAUCUUACAUGCUAUAGCAAUUCAAACCAUGUGGAUAUUAUGGAGAAACAGAAAUGACACAAUCUUUUCCGGUAAACAACGUACGGCACAAAUGAUCAUAGAGGAGGUAAAAGACACAUCCCUUCAAGGCGUAAGACAAAGAUCAAAGCACAAUACGAUAACAAAACAACAAUGGUCGGAUUUCAAUUUCAAUGAGUAG